GGAAAAUCUUAGGCAAUCCGCCGACUAGAUGCACAUGAAGAUCGUAUGGAUUUUCUAGCACAUGACUAGCAGAUUCAGACAUUUUUAUUGAAUGAAGAUCUUGAACUUGAUCAUUAUGAAGAAUAUGAACAAAAGUAACUGUGAUUCAGGCUACCGCUGAAACAUCCUCAGUGCCAUCCCUGGCGUUUUCAAGGGGAAAAGAGACCCAGUGAUGGGCUCAGGUAUGACCUCGUGUGCAAUGUCGUCAAGGACAUUCUUUCAGCAUCCAUUUUGUCUUUACGGUGGCCACUUUACGUCUCCGAACGAAGGAACCGUAAGAACCAUGUUGACUCUCUUUUUCGGAGAAUAUGCAAUUUGUUACAUCAGCCUUAGAUUUACGAAAAUUAGGGUCAAGUGGUGGAAACUUUAGAAGUUUUCAAAUUUGCUUCGAUUCGGAAGUCAUAAUGAUUUGUUUCCCCGGCUAUUGAGAGCUUGGCGGGUUUUGUGUUGUUUCUUUUCCACUGCGAAAGACAGUCCUGCUACUCUUUCCAUGGACCAAUCCCCAUCAAUUUGUUUCUAAAUCAUGUUGACGUUGUUUGACAAAAGAAUAUAGGAAUCAAAGACCCCGUGCUAGUCUAGGUGCUGGCAUGCUAGCCGGUGAUAGACUUCAUGGAAUGGAAUGGUACACCAUCAGCAAACUAGUUCACUCGUGGACACCAUAUUAUACAUUGAUGAGAAAGUCGUGCCUGGCCGUCGUGCCUCAGGAUUAUCGCAGGGGUAAAGGAGGAGAAUAGGGGCCUAGGUAAUGAAAACAAAUGUGAGUAUUGCAGACCCAGGUAAAAAAAAAACAAAUGUGG